GCCGGGCGCCGGGGCCCCGCGGGGUGGCGGGUUCGAGCCCCGGCGGCGCGGCGCGAUGCUGUUCGGCAAGGUGAAGCGGCUGGCCGUGCGGCUGGCCGGGGAGGCGGGGGGCGCCGGGCCCGUGUUCUGCGGCGGCGAGAUGCUGCUGGGCCGGGUGGUACUGGAGCUGGGGGGCCCGACGCGGGUGCGCGCGCUGCGGGUGCGCGUCCGGGGGCGCGCGCGCGUGCACUGGACCGAGUCCCGCAGCGCGGGCUCCAGCACCGCCUACACGCAGAGCUACAACGAGCACCUCGACGUGCUGGACCACGAGACCUCCGUGCUCGCCCCAGACCGCGGGGAGACCCUGCAGCUGCCCGCCGGCCGCCACGAGUUCCCGUUCAGCUUCGAGCUGCCGGUGAGCCUGGUGACGUCGUUCGAGGGCCGGCACGGCAGCGUGCGCUACAGCGUCAAGGCCACCCUGCGCCGCCCAUGGGUGCCCGCCCGGCGCGCUCGCACGGCCUUCACGGUCAUCGAGCCCGUGGACAUCAACACGCCCGCCCUGCUGGCCCCGCAGGCCGGCGCGCGGGAGAAGAUGGCGCGGUCCUGGUACAGCGCGCGGGGCCUCGUGGGCCUGUCGGCCAAGAUCGAUCGCAGGGGGUACACGCCAGGCGAGGUGAUCCCAGUCUUCGCGGAGAUUGACAACAACUCCACCCGAGCGGUUAGGCCCCGGGCGGCCGUGGUGCAGACUCAGACCUUCGUGGCUCGGGGUGCGAGGCGGCAGAAGCACCAGGUGGUAGCCAGGCUGGAGGGGGAGCCUGUGGCCCCGGGGGACCGCGGGCUGUGGCAGGGCCGGCCCCUGCGGGUGCCCCCGGUGGGCCCCUCCAUCCACGGCUGCCGCCUGCUGCACGUGGACUACGAGCUGAAGGUGUGCGUGGACAUCCCCGGCACGUCGAAGCUGAUGCUGGAGCUGCCCCUGGUCAUCGGCACGGUGCCCCUGCGCCCCUGCGCCAGCCGCUGCUCCAGCGUGGGCAGCCAGGCCGGCCUCGUGCUGGACUGCUGGGGACCCGGGGGCCCCCCGGAGCCCCCCGAGGCCCCUCCCGAGUACGCCGAGGUGGUGACUGGAGCCGAGGGGGCCCCCCUGGAGCCGGCCAGGGGCCUGAAGAGCAGCCCCUUCUUCCCCUACAUCCAGGAGUUCCGCUUCCGCCCGCCGCCCCUGUACUCCGAGGUGGAUCCCAACCCGCCCCCCGGGGCCGCCCACAGGCGCCGCAUGACCUGCUGAGGAGACCCCCCCCCAGCGAGGCCGCAGGGGCAGGAGCCGCCCCCCUGCCCGGUGCAGUCGGGGAAACAGCCCCUGCCUCGGCUGCCCCCGGGGACUAGACCGAGGCCCUCAGAUCCUGAGGACUUUGGAGUCGCCACAGACGCCCAACCUCGGGGAGAGCGGGGCCCCAGGACCAGGAGGUUCUGAACCAGGAACCGAGAAGUGAAGACGCCCGGGAGGAAGGGGCUGUGCGGGCAGAUGAUCCCAGUGGUCAGCACGCCCCCUUUUCGGUUGGAAUGGAAGCUCGGGGGCAGAUUUCUCAGGGAGCCCAGCUCGGGGGCCAGGCAGGCCUAGGAAGUGGGGUGCUGGGAGCCAGGGGCCGCUGGGGUUUCCAGACCCAGGGGCCGGGGAACACUGGACAGAGGGCCGCCCUCAGGGCCAGACCAGGGUGCGGUCCCGGCUGGCCGGGACGUGGGGGCAGCGUGUGCACCCCAAGUGCAGAGCCCAGGCCCCGGGUAGGACUCCCAGCCUUGGCAAGUACCAGAAGGAAAUGUUCUUUUGUACCAUGAUUAUUUUUCUAAUAAAUACCUAGAGUGAGAAAUGGC